AUGAGCAUCAGUGUUAAUAUUAAAAAUUCUGGUAAAACAUACCCAUUGGAAUUAGAUCCUUCAGAUACUGGAUUAAUUUUCAAGACAAAAAUUCAAAAUUUAACCAAAAUUCCAAUUGAUAGACAGAAAAUUCUUUUAAAAACUGGUCAAUUACAAAAUGAUGUUGUUGUUUCUCAAUUAAAUUUGAAACCAAAUCAAAUUAUUAUGGUUUUAGGUUCACCUGAAUUAAAUUUACCAAUUGCACCAAUUAAUACAAUUUUUAAAGAAGAUUUAGAUGAAUCAAGUUUACAAUCUUAUUCAAAUGAUCCAAUUGGAUUUGAAAAUUUAGGUAAUACAUGUUAUUUAAAUUCUUCAAUUCAAGCUUUAUAUAGUAUUCCAAGUUUACAUAAAGCUUUAGAAGCAAAUCAAAAAAUUGGUGAAAUUGGUACAAAUGAACAUCUUGUAUUACAAUUGAAACAAAUUUUUAAUCAAUUGAGAAAUAAAAAAGAAGAAUCUAUAGUUCCAAAUAAUUUAAUUACAAGUCUUAGAGUUUUAUAUCCACAAUUUAAUGAACGUGAUCAAUAUGGUUCAUAUAAGCAACAAGAUGCCGAGGAAGCUUUCACUCAAUUAUUAUUAAGUUUGAAAACAGUGUUGGGUGAUGAAUUUAUUCAAGAUUUUACAAUUAAUUUCAAAUCAACAAUUAAAAAUCAAGAAGAUGAAUCUGAUGUACAAUUCAAAAAUGAAGAAGAUUUAAAACUUUCAUGUCAUAUUACAGGUUCAACAAAUUUUUUAAAAAAUGGUAUCUUGGAAUCAUUAAAUGAAACUAUUGAAAAACAUAGUGAAAAAUUAAAUAAAAAUUGUCAAUAUGAUAUUAAUAAAAAAAUUUCAAAAUUACCAUCAAUUUUAACUGUGCAAUUUGUUCGUUUUUUUUGGAAAAGAUCAACAAAUAAAAAAUCUAAAAUUUUAAGAAAAGUUCAAUUCCCUUUCCAAUUAGAUUUAGCUGAUGUUUUAGAUGAUGAUUAUCGUGAAGAAAAAACUAAAAUUAGAGAUGAAUUAAGAUCAAUUGAAAAAAAACAACAAUUAGAAGAACGUGAUUUUAAAAAACAAAAAAAACAUGUUAAUCAACAAGAUGAAGAAGAUUUUUUCAAUAAACAAUAUAAUAAAUAUCUUGAUGAAUUUAAAGAAAAAUUUCCAAAAAAUUUAUCACCAGGUGAAAAUCCUUCAUCAAUUUAUAAUUUAAAUGCAAUUAUUACACAUCAAGGUUCAUCAGCAGAUUCUGGUCAUUAUCAAGCAUUUGUUAAAGAUAAAUUUGAUGAUAAUAAAUGGUGGAGAUUCAAUGAUGAUAAAAUUUCCAUUGUUGAUAAAGAUAGAAUUGAAAGUUUAUCAGGUGGUGGUGAAAGUGAUAGUGCUUUAAUCUUGAUCUAUAAAGGUUUUGGUUUAGAAUAG